UUUCCCGUGAUCCUUUGUGCCUGCCUCGCCCCCCUUGACGCAUGCGCAGCGCAGGUAGACCUUGGCGUUGAGGAGAGACUAGAACCCACGGAGGCAAAAUGCAAAGCUGGAACCGAGUAUACUGCGUCUUAAGUAAGAAAAACCAAUUCAGCAGAGUCCAGCAUGGGUUGCAGAGAUUAUGUUCAGUGCCAUUAAGAACCUACUCGGACAAACCACUGGAGGCUGACGUCACGGUCAUUGGCUCUGGUCCUGGUGGUUAUGUUGCUGCUAUUAAAGCUGCCCAGCUGGGCUUCCAGACAGUCUGUGUCGAAAAAAAUGAAACCCUUGGUGGCACCUGUUUGAAUGUUGGCUGCAUUCCUUCUAAGGCCUUGCUGAACAACUCUCAUCUGUACCAUUUAGCCCACGGAAAAGAUUUUGCAAGCAGAGGAAUUGAAGUGACUGGUAUAAAUUUGAACCUUGACAAGAUGAUGGAGCAGAAAAGUGGAGCUGUGAAGUCCCUUACGAGUGGUAUUGCUCACUUAUUUAAACAGAACAAGGUAGUACAUGUUCAAGGUUCUGGAAAGAUCACAGGUAAAAACCAAGUAACCGCAUCUAAAGCUGAUGGAAGCACACAAGUCAUCAACACAAAGAACAUUCUCGUAGCUACAGGCUCAGAAGUUGCUCCUUUCCCAGGAAUUGAGAUUGAUGAAGAUACUGUUGUUUCUUCUACUGGUGCUCUGUCUCUGAAGAAAGUGCCAGAGAAGAUGGUAGUCAUUGGUGCUGGUGUAAUUGGAGUGGAACUGGGCUCUGUAUGGCAAAGAUUGGGAGCAGAUGUUACAGCAGUCGAAUUUUUGGGCCAUGUUGGUGGUUUGGGAAUCGACAUGGAAAUUUCCAAAAAUUUCCACCGCAUCCUUCAAAAACAGGGUCUGAAGUUCAAACUGAACACAAAAGUUACUGGUGCAACCAAGAGACCCGAUGGAAAAAUUGAUGUUUCUAUUGAAGCUGCAGCUGGUGGUAAAGCGGAAGUAGUCAGUUGUGACGUUUUGCUUGUGUGUAUUGGCCGUCGCCCCUUUACCCAGAACCUUGGCUUGCAAGAACUGGGAAUUGAACUGGACAACAGGGGAAGAAUACCAAUCAACAGUAGAUUUCAGACAAAAAUCCCAAACAUUUAUGCGAUCGGAGAUGUGGUGGCAGGACCAAUGUUGGCUCAUAAAGCAGAAGACGAAGGCAUCAUCUGUGUUGAAGGGAUGGCUGGAGGAGCAGUUCAUAUUGACUACAACUGUGUGCCUUCUGUGAUUUAUACACACCCGGAAGUGGCUUGGAUUGGCAAGUCUGAAGAACAGCUGAAAGAAGAGGGUGUUGAGUACAAAGUUGGGAAGUUUCCAUUUGCUGCCAACAGCAGAGCCAAGACAAAUGCAGACACAGAUGGCUUGGUGAAGAUUCUUAGUCAUAAAUCUACGGACAGGAUGCUUGGAGCUCAUAUACUUGGAGCGGGUGCUGGAGAGAUGAUUAAUGAAGCAGCUCUUGCCAUGGAAUAUGGAGCAUCUUGUGAAGAUGUAGCCAGAGUGUGCCAUGCUCAUCCUACUGUAUCAGAAGCCUUCAGGGAAGCUAACCUGGCUGCAUCAUUUGGCAAAGCCAUUAAUUUUUAACUGGUUAAAAAAAAAAAAAGCACCGUGUGUACAUAAGUUUCUCAUGAGAAUUGAUCGACCGUGAUCUGACAAUAGUCUUGGACAACUUUUUUUGGCUGAAUUCAGUGGACUCUUCUGUUGUGAAAACCAGCUAUUUAACAUUCUGGAGUGCACAAAAGCUGCAAAUUUGCAAACCAAACUUUUCGAAAGCUGUUUAAACACAUUUAUUUUAGUACCAUGCCAUGAAAAUGAAUGUGUUGAAAAUAAUGCUUUAUUAUAUAUUACAGUACAAUUCCAGUCUUAUAAAAGAAGAAUGUAGGUAUCCUCACAUUGUUGGUCUCUCCCUAUGCAUAAAAUCUGGAAGUCGUCUGUGUGAAUAUGUAUUGCGUUGACCAUAACCUCUGCAUUGAUCUUUCAAUGCACGUCAGUACAGAUUCCAUCCAGGUCAAUUUAAUAACAUUUAUGUCAAGUCAUGUUUGCAAAAUACAGAGAAAAUUAAAAAAAAUAAUCUGAAGAAUUCCCUUUGCCUUAUAAUUUUGUAAAACAACCCAGCGGUUUUGUGUUGGCCAGUUGUGGCUGCUGGCAUUUUAAAUGUGAUGAACACAUUUAAAGCCAGAUGACUGAUGUUUUAUUCUUUGCAUUUAGAUCUAACAUAAAACCAGUGGUGACAGGGCAGAUAAUUGCAUUGUGACCUUCUUUGGUGUAGGCGGUAUGAAGCCAAGAAGUUAUACCACCUACCCUUACUGUACUACAAUAGUAGCUAUACACUGCUAUGCUAUAUUAAAUCAAUUUAUUUACAAUAUACAACCAUGUUAUUUACAUAACUAUUAAACACAAUGUGUGGGCUUACUGCUACAGUGCACCAAAUUAUUUUAGACAUAACUUGUUUUGUCUCCUCUUCUGGCAUCUGUCUCACGUAAUCUCUCUGCUAUAUACGCCAAAUCUUUCUUUAAAUAUUGCCGAAAAGAAAUUGUGGUGCCCGAAAUAUGGCAGAUGUCCCGACAUCUUUACGUGUUUGAAAACAAUUUGCGUUUUUACAUUAGUUAUUAAAUUUUGAUGACCCCUCAGUGACUACAAAAUAUCUUGCCUUCAGAAGAUUAUCAGUGCUAUCAAUCUAACAAAAAUAUGAAAACAAUAGCUCACAGAAAACUUUCUCCAAGAAGCACUUUAUUGGUUUGGACUUUUAUUGUAGUACAAAUAUGUUGUAUGCAACCCAUGGAAAACUGAUUGAGAUCUUCACUUUAUUUGUAAUCCUUUGCAGUGCUGUUCCACGACCUGUAAAUAUCUUUAAAGUGUUCUGGCAGUUGUUCUUGUGGCUUCACGUUCCCGUAAGAGUCUGAGAUCUGGGGUAACUCCUUUCUCGAUGUUAACAUGUUACUAAAACAAUAGUAUUCUUACUUUCAAAUGUGUAGUAACACUAGAGAGAGAUUGAUUUAAUCCACUUUUAUUUAUCUACUUGCCUAUUUAAAGGUACAGCCUAAUUUUUUCACCCACUCUUGAAGAAUGCAUAUUAAAGUACACCAUGGGCACUUGUAAUAUAGAUGUAUUCUUCCAAAACUAAAUAAAGCAUUUACCUGACACAGAAAUUGCAGUGCUGAAGCAGCAGACCUUUUCCUCCAGGGUCUGACUAUUCAAGCCACCGAUUGGCCGCUUGAAGCAGAAGACGGCUGUAUAGCAUAACCUGAUGGUGGUCUAUGAGAAAGCAAAACGUCUUCAAGGUUUGCAAAUAACUUCAGUGUCAAGCUUGUGCAACUGGUGGAUCCAGGUCCCAGGUGGAAACUAGCAUGGUAGUGGGAUUUAAAUGUAUUUUUGUUAUCCUUGUACACCUCUGUAUUACAGCGAUGCACUGUGCAAAACUGCUUAAAUAGCAAGAACCUGACAGUUGCUGUUGUUUCCCAAAAUAAGGAAGACUAGUUUGCCUGGAAUUAUGGCAAAUAAAAAUGAAUGAAAUGCCA